GGUAUUAGAAGUAAUGUUUUUCACCGGAAUUCUCUAGGGUUGCACUCGGCGGAAGUUCGUCUGUUUGGAAAAGUGGCGGCAAAGUCUCCUAGUGUUGGAGUGGUUCCAGAGCUGUACCGACGGGUGGAUGGAUGGCGCUGCCGGGCGGCCGAGUGCUCUGCUGCUCGAAGCGGCCGGUGACGGCGGCGCUUGAGCGCUUGUCGGAGGCUCUGUGCGAUCGGUUGCAGGGAGAGCGGCAGCUGGAGGCUCGGCGGAUAUUUGAAACAGCUGUUCAGGAGAACAUCCUUAUCAAUGGAAUGUUAUGGCAAGAAGUUUCAGAGGAUGAUGAAUUGAGAUACGGAAAUGACAUAAAGAAUUUGGAUGACGAUUUGGACGAAUGUAUUAAGGAGACAGCCUCAAAACGUAAACAGUUUCCCAGAAGGGUCGUUGGACAUCUUGCUAAAAUCAUGAAAGCAGAAAGGGAAUUGUUGAAGCUUUAUCAGCCAACGGUAGAUCUGCAAAUGAAAAUGGAAACCCAUCCAGAACAAGUGUUCAAGGAAGCAGAAAUAUUGGAAAGUACAUCAAAAAAUUGUCAAGAUAUGAGUGAAGCCAUGAAGGAGUUGCCAGCCUUUAUGGAGAAAGCACAAGGACUUUUGCAAACUCUACAUCUUGUUUCUGUCAUGAAGCACUCACAGACAAAUAAGACAGUCUUCUCAAACCAUACAGGGAUGGAACUCCAAAAUGAAAAAGGACAGGCUUUUCCCCUUGGAAAAACGGAUGUCACUCCCAUAGAGACAGAUAAAAAGAUAUUGCUGAAGAAUCGUAGUUCAAGGAAGAGAAAAACAAAUACUUCUGUUAAUUAUAAAUAUCCAAAGCGAAGACUGCAUCUUGGUCAAUAAACCCUGCCAGAUGUUUAGACCCAACAUUUUUGUAUAUUCCUGUAUAAAAUAUAGUUGUUUUCAGUGAAUGUUAAGCAAUUAAUACCCAAAUGUGCAACAAGGUAUGGCAAUAUCAACAUGUAAAUGACUGAGUCUGUUCAUACUAGCUACAUGAUUGAACAGAACAUUGGAUGUCCAUAAGAUAGGGAGAAAAUGAAAUAGAAUAUUAAGCAUGAUAGAAUGUGUAAUAUAACAUAUUUGUCAUCUUUCUUCAUUUCUACAGAAGAUGCUAGACUGGUAUGGAUCUUGAUUUAAAUAUUUAGUUGCUCUUUGUUUUUGUGCAUUUCACAAUUCUUAUUACAAGUAUUGAUUUAUCUGAAAAGACUGUGACAUCCUUUUGAAAAUGUGAAAAAUGGUUUAGUUUUUGUUUGACUUAUUUUUCCUCCAGCUUUACUAAGAGCCUCUCUAGCAUUCUGUUCAGUUGUGAUAUUGUGACUGAGCAAAUCUUUAUUCAGAAAAUGAACAUUCAGUGUGUCUAAAUAUGAUACAGAAAAAUUAAACUUUUGUCAGUUAUGCAUUUAAUAAAGGAUGUAGCACACCUUAAUACAUUUUGUUUAAUAUUGUAAAGAUCAAUAAUUAUACCUGUCCUUUUGUAUGUGUACAUCAGUUUUGGUUUUAAAAAAAUUUAAACUGUAAAUACAGUAGAUUCACUUAAGAUCUCUUAAAUUGGGAGCAAUGCUUUAUUAUAGGAACUUUUAAUAAUUCCACGUGUUGAUCCAUGCUGUACAUUACUCUUUGCAUUGAAGUGGACACAGCUAGGGGAACAUUAAUCUCACCAUACUCAACCUUUUGGUUCCUGUCUUUGUAUGUACUCCUCCCACACCACUCCCAUUAGCUGCCCUGGUACUCUGGUUCCCAUCCAGAGACAGAAUUGCUUUUUUAAUGGUUCAAUUUAAUAUCAGAGAAUGUAUCCUUGCUCUUCGCAGACAUCCAUGAAACCGAGAGAAGAAAACCCAAAGAAUGAAUGACGGCAAACAUUAGAGCACCAAAGCCUUCCCCCUCCUCCCAUGCUCAAGAUGCAGUGUGCCCCUUAGAAAAUAGGUACAUUUAAAAUUUUAUCCUCGAUUUUGACCGUGCCUGUGCCAUUCAAGAUCAAUGUCUCAAUUACUUCAGGAAUCUAAAUAAUUAUAAAUGGUUGAAAUUGUUCAAAUUAAUUGACCUUCAAGUACAAUUUUGCAUUUCUGUCAUCUGAUUAUCAGUGCAUGAUGGUGAUCUUUGAAUUUAUACUGAACAAGUAAAUCUUAAUUUUUUACUUGUUCUUUUAAAUCUUUCACUGUAGAGAAC